AUUAUUACAAGUUAAAGCUACAUCUCAGACCAAGAUAUUCCAUUACUGGCGCACCUCGUUAUGACAAUUAUGGCUAAGAUUUCCCAAGAACAUCUCGCGAUAAUCACGUUCCUGAUCCUGCUUGCGAUUUCCGUGGUCGUUGCCAGCAUCGAAACCAUAGAAAAGAGAGGCAUAUACUUAGUCCUGAUGGAAGGAGAGCCUGUUGCCUUUCAUGGAGGUUCUACAAAUUGCCGUCAAGCUAGAGAAUGUUUGCAUAGACCGCAGAUGAACAGAGAGAUGUCUAGGGCUUGUGCAGAGAAGCUGGUGAAGUCUCAUGACCAACUUCUCCAGAACACUCUCAGGAAUGGAACCUACGACAAGCUCUACAGCUUCAAACACGUCGUAAAUGGCUUCGCCGUCCAUGCCACCCUGUCUGAGGCUAAGAAGCUGAAAAAGGCUCUAGGAGUGAAGCUAAUGGAGAGGGAUAGAGGAGCCGAGAUGAUGACAACCUACACGCCGGAGUUCCUAGGGCUGCCGGAAGGACUGUGGAAGCAGCAAGGAGGAGGGAGAACCGCGGGGGAAGGGAUCGUGAUCGGGUUUGUCGACACAGGCAUCAACCCGUUACACCCGAGCUUCUCAGCUCGCCAGUCGAAUGGUGUUUCAUGUGGGCCAGCGAACGCAUCUCGUUUCUUGGGAAAGUGUGAGACUGGCCCUCAGUUCCCCGCCACCUCAUGCAAUGGGAAGAUAGCCUCCGCGAGGUUCUUCUCCGCCGGGGCCCAGGCCGUCGCUCCCUUGAACCGGUCGGUCGACUUCCUCUCACCAUUUGAUGCAGUCGGGCAUGGCAGUCAUGUAGCUUCCAUAGCAGCUGGGAAUGCAGACGUCCCGGUCGUCGUGAACGGCUUUUUGUAUGGACUCUCGAGCGGGAUGGCCCCUGCUGCAAGAAUUGCUGUUUAUAAGGCAAUGUUCCCAACAAUAGGGACCUUAACAGAUGUGAUUGCAGCAAUUGAUCAGGCCAUUUAUGAUGGAGUGGACAUAUUGACUCUAUCGGUGGGACCGGUCCAGCCGCCACAGAGCACGCUCACGGUAUUGGGCAUGUUCGACAUAGUGAUGCUGUUUGCACGGAGGGCUGGAGUGUUCGUAGUCCAAGCGGCUGGAAACAGUGGCCCAUCACCUUCCUCGGUGAUCUCCUACAGCCCAUGGGUGGUUGGCGCGGCCGCUUCCUCCACAGACAGAACCUACACUGGGUCCCUUCUCCUUGGAAAUGGUACGAGAGUCGGAGGAGUGGGAUUGUCAGGACCAACCCUCGGGAGCGGUCUCUUUAUGUACAGGCUCGUAUUGGCGCAGGAUGCUGUCAAGCGGAAUGGGACCUUUCCGAGGACACCGCCGUACACGGAGGAAUGCCAAUAUCCGGAAGCAUUUGACCCUCUUAUAGUGCAAGGCAGCGUAGUUAUUUGUACCUUCUCGAGUGGCUUCAUCAAUCAGACCUCCAGCGUUUCCGCAAUUCUAAGCACAGCCAGAGAUCUACACUUCACAGGUUUCGUUCUGGUGGCCAACCCGAAGUAUGGAGACUUCAUAGUGGAGCCUAUACCAUUCCCCGUCCCGGGGAUAAUGAUCCCGAAUGUUUCCGACGUCAAGGUAAUAUUGCAAUACUACCAACGGCAAACUUCCCGGGACAGGGCAGGGGCCGUGACCAACUUCAGAGCGAGAGCUGCCAUCGGAGAGGGACGAGCUGCUGCAUUCACCAGAAGAGCUCCCACUGUCAGCCGGUUCUCUUCCCGAGGACCUGACUUCAUCGAUGUUUACAAGAACCUCAUCGAUGUAUUAAAGCCCGAUAUUCUCGCCCCAGGCCGCCAGGUGUGGGCUGCUUGGAGUCCCAUGAGUGUCUCGGAGCAACUCCUAAGAGGACACAGUUUCGCGCUACUAUCAGGGACGAGCAUGGCAACUCCUCAUGUUGCCGGUAUUGCUGCUCUGAUCAAGCAGUCUCGCCCGACAUGGACACCCUCUAUGAUAGCUUCAGCGAUGUCUACUACUGCGAUUAAACAUGACAACUUCGGUAACAUUAUAAUGUCUGAGGGUUUUGAUUUCAGCCUCACCACCUCUACUCCUUUCGCAAUCGGUUCAGGCCACAUCAACCCCACAGGAGCAAUCGAUCCUGGCCUGGUUUUCUAUUCAGAAUAUGAAGACUAUAUUGGUUUCUUGUGCUCGAUACCGGGCAUUCGCCCAUCGGUGGUUCAAGCAGCAACAGGGGAACCCUGCACUCGGACACUCGCCCACCCAUCAGACCUCAACCUUCCCUCAGUUACCAUAUCAGCGCUAAACAAAUCCAGGACAGUUCAGAGGAGCAUAAAAAACGUUGGGACAGUGCAGGAGACUUACUUAGGCUCAGUCCUUCCCCCGAAUGGGACGACUAUAAGCUUAAACCCAACUUGGUUUACAGUUAAUCCCGGGGAAACCCGGGAUUUUGACAUAGAAGUUAAUGUUACUCGAGCGAUGAGCACUUUCAGCUUUGGUGAAAUUGUCUGGACAGGGAGCUUGAAUCACAUUGUAAGAAUACCAUUAACUAUUCGGACAGUUUCUGUAUAGUGAACUCCAGAGAUGCAUUCCAGAUGAUUUUAUUUAGCUUCGGCUGAAGAAAAGAAUAUAAGGUCUGGAAAAGUUUCUGGCUAAACUUGCUUA